AUCUCCAGAGAGAAGCUUCACAAUGAGCGGACGAGGCAAAACCGGAGGAAAGACCAGAGCCAAGGCCAAGACUCGCUCCUCCCGCGCAGGACUGCAGUUCCCCGUGGGCCGCGUCCACAGGCUGCUGCGCAAAGGCAACUAUGCGGAGCGUGUUGGUGCCGGAGCCCCCGUCUACCUGGCGGCCGUCCUGGAGUAUCUGACCGCUGAGAUCCUGGAGCUGGCUGGAAACGCUGCCCGCGACAACAAGAAGACCCGCAUCAUCCCCCGUCACCUGCAGCUGGCCGUCCGCAACGACGAGGAGCUCAACAAGCUGCUGGGUGGAGUCACCAUCGCUCAGGGUGGAGUGCUGCCCAACAUCCAGGCGGUGCUGCUGCCCAAGAAGACCGAGAAGGCCGCCAAGGCCAAGUAGAGCUGCUGCCCGUCAACGCUGCUGGAGCGCACACCCACAAAGGCUCUUUUAAGAGCCUCUCACCUCUGAUCUUUACAGCAAUACACUCCUAUGAUUUUUUAUUUUGUUUAUGGAUCAUAUUGGCCCAUAAUCUACAUUAAACUAUUAAAUUAUUUCA